AUGUCGAGCAAAGCGCAGCAGAACCAUCUGAAUUCCUUCAGAGCUCUAAUCUCGUCCAUUUCGUCCUCGGCGGUGAUGCUGAUGGUCAGUUUGCUCAUCUAUGCAACAUCAGAAAGAUCGCCAAAGCUUGGGAUAAUCUUUAACUCACGUCACUAUGCUUUCGGUGGAUUACCAGUUGAUAGAUCGCAGAAGCACACGCUACUCGAGAAGAUUCUUGGUGCUGUUGUACGACCAGAGAAACAGAUUCUGGACGAUUGUGGCAUUGAGGCAACACUUUUCCUGCGGUUUAUACGCACUUUACGCGAUACCUUCGGCGUAGCUGCGCUAGUUAUCACGCCAUCUCUCAGUUGUUUCAACUAUUUUGCUCGACGCAACGAUGCCUCUUGGGAGAUCCUUAACCAGCUCACGUGGUCGAAUGUGCCCCCACAAGACAAUCGUUCGUAUUGGUUAUAUGUCGGUUACCAUGUAUUACUUCAAUGUUUCGUCCUCAACAUGAUCAGUCGAGAGCUCGAGAUGGGGUCGAGCUUGUGUCAAAGAUGGCAGGAAACCUGUCGAGGAGAGAAGAAUUCAGUUCUUGCUGUACAAGGCGUGCAGGAAGACCUUCACACGUUCAUGGACGCAUAG